AUGUCAACGGAAGAAGACACCACUUUGGUGGAAGACGAGUCAAUGGAGGAAGGCUCCGUAACUCAAGAAGCAACGGAAGAGACUGAAGAAGAUGAGGAGCAAGAUCAAGGAGAAGAAGAGCCCGGACCAUCUGAUCGACGAAGAUCAUCGAGAAAGAAGGGUGGAAAGGCAAAGAAAGGAUCGAAGAAGGCUAAAGCUGACAUUCCGGAUCCAUACAGUGCUACCAGCGAAGAAGUCUUCGGAGCUCUUGGAAUGACUGAUGUCCAAUUUGAUUAUGACCUUGAGGAAUUCCAAGGAAUAACAAAUCUGAAGACGUUCUCUUCGAUUAUUAAACCUCAAAUUAUGGAAGCGAAUCCUGGCGCGAUCGUAUCCAAGAUGUAUCCUAUGUUCCAAGUGAAGUACAAAGAGUACCAGGAUCAUAUGGCUGCUCAAGGAAAGCCGGUUCAGAAGCAACCUAGAGGAACUAAGACUCCAACUGUUGCAACACCAGUCGCUCCACCAAAAGUCAUUCCAACAAAGACUCGUUCUGCUCGGAAGAAGCAACGUCGUGAUUCUGAAGGACCGGACAGUGACCAGGAGUUCGAGAACUUCAUCAAGCAACAAGAGCAGCUUGAGGACGAUAAGGUCAAAGAGAAAGAAGACGCUAAAAUCAAAAGAGCUGCUGCAAAGAUGGAGAAAAAGAAGGAGGCAUUGGAAGCGGCACGAGCUGCUAAGAAAGCUAGGCUGGAACAAGGAGAAGAAGUCGAGAACAACGAUUUCUGUGAGGAGUGCAAACAAGGAGGAGAGCUUCUUCUCUGUGACACCUGCCCGCGAGCUUAUCACACGCCGUGUAUCGAUUCUUCUAUGGAAGAUCCACCAGAGGGAGAUUGGAGUUGUCCACAUUGCAUAGAGCAUGGUCCCGAAAUUGUCAAGGAGGAGCCUCAGAAGGUCAACGAUGAUUUUUGCAAGAUCUGCAAAGAGACCGAGAACCUUUUGCUCUGUGAUACUUGUGUCUGCGCAUUCCACGCAUAUUGUAUGGAUCCACCACUCACGCAAGUUCCACAAGAAGAGACAUGGAAUUGUCCACGCUGCGAGUUGGUCAAACCCGAACAGAAAGCCGAGAAGAUUCUCUGCUGGCGCUGGAAAGAGAUACCGUAUCCAGACCCUCUUCCGGAAGGUACCGAGCCAACUGAGGAUGAUUUGUUGUUGAAACCUCCACGUAAGAUGGCUCCGAGACGUGAGCGCGAGUUCUUCAUCAAGUGGAAGUAUCUGUCUUACUGGCAGUGCGCCUGGGUGUCGGAGAUGAUGAUGGAGGUUCACUUCCGUAUGCUCCACAUCAUGUAUUGGCGCAAGAACGACUCGGAGAUCCCACCAGAUUUCGAGGAAUCAGUUACCUCUCGUCAUCAUUCGGACAACGAUCCAUUCAAACUCCGCGAGAGAUUCUACCAGUAUGGAGUGAAGCCAGAGUGGAUGCAAAUCCACCGUAUUAUCAACCAUCAGUCGUAUGCUAAGUCUCAACAAGAUUAUCUUGUCAAGUGGAAGGAGUUGUCAUACGAUCAAGCUACAUGGGAGAGAGAUGAUGCUAAUAUAGCAAAUUAUGAAGAAGCUAUCAUCAGAUACUGGCAACAUAGAGAGAGAAUGUUGAACGACGAUGUUCCAAAGAAUGUGCAAAAGAUGAUCGCUAAACAACGUGAGGCUAAAGGACUUCCACCGAAAGAGGAAGAGUCGAGAAGACCAAAGAAGCGCGAAAAGGUUGACAUACGUAAAAAGUAUGAUGUUCAGCCAGAUUAUGUUUCGGAAACCGGAGGAAAUCUUCAUCCUUAUCAGCUUGAAGGAAUAAACUGGCUUCGCCAUUGCUGGUCCAAUGGUACUGAUGCUAUUCUUGCCGACGAAAUGGGUCUCGGAAAGACUGUUCAAUCACUCACGUUCUUGUAUACUCUCAUGAAAGAAGGACAUUGCAAAGGACCGUUCCUCAUCGCUGCUCCAUUGUCAACUAUCAUCAAUUGGGAACGUGAAGCUGAGCUCUGGUGCCCAGAUUUCUACGUAGUCACCUAUGUUGGAGACAGAGAUUCUCGUGUCGUUCUUCGUGAGCAUGAAUUCUCAUUUGUUGAAGGAGCCGUUAGAACUGGACCGAAAGCCGGAAAAAUGAAGACUACUGAAAACAUGAAGUUCCACGUGUUGCUUACUUCCUAUGAAACUAUCAACAUGGACAAGACAAUUCUUUCAUCCAUUGAAUGGGGAGCAUUGGUUGUCGACGAGGCUCAUCGAUUGAAAAAUAAUCAAUCGCUCUUCUUCAAAAAUCUCAACGAAUACACCAUCCACUACCGUGUUCUUCUCACUGGUACUCCACUUCAAAACAAUUUGGAAGAACUUUUCCAUCUUCUCAAUUUCUUGUCAAAGGAACGUUUCAACCAACUCGAAGCUUUCACCGCUGAGUUUUCGGAAAUUUCCAAAGAAGAUCAAAUCGAGAAGCUCCACAAUCUUCUUGGACCACACAUGCUUCGUCGUCUUAAAGCUGAUGUGCUGACUGGAAUGCCAUCGAAGUCCGAAUUGAUUGUUCGUGUCGAAUUGAGUCCAAUGCAGAAGAAAUGGUACAAAAACAUUCUGACUCGCAACUUCGAUGCUUUGAAUGUGAAGAAUGGAGGAACACAGAUGUCUCUGAUGAAUGUUCUCAUGGAGUUGAAGAAGUGUUGUAACCAUCCAUAUCUCUUCGUGAAAGCUUCUCUCGAAGCACCUAAAGAGAAAAAUGGAAUGUACGAAGGAACUGCUCUCAUUAAGAACUCUGGAAAGUUCGCACUACUUCAAAAAAUGUUGAGAAAACUGAAGGAUGGAGGUCACAGAGUCCUUAUAUUCUCCCAGAUGACUAUGAUGCUUGACAUAAUGGAAGAUUUCUGUGAUGUCGAAGGUUACAAGUAUGAAAGAAUCGACGGAAGCAUUACCGGACAAAUGAGACAAGACGCCAUCGAUCGUUACAACGCUCCAGGUGCUCAACAGUUCAUCUUCUUGCUUUCCACUCGUGCUGGAGGUCUCGGUAUCAAUUUGGCUACCGCCGACACUGUCAUUAUAUACGAUUCUGAUUGGAAUCCUCACAACGACAUUCAAGCAUUCUCUCGUGCCCAUCGUCUCGGACAGAAACACAAAGUUAUGAUUUACCGUUUCGUAACGAAAGGAUCUGUCGAAGAAAGAAUCACCUCUGUCGCCAAAAAGAAGAUGUUAUUGAAUCACUUGGUUGUACGUGCCGGUUUGGGAGGAAAAGAAGGAAAGAGUAUGAGUAAGAGUGAACUGGAUGAUGUGCUUCGUUGGGGAACUGAAGAGUUGUUCAAGGAGGAUGAAUGUGUCGCUGACACUGCCGAAGGAGAAGGUGCAGAGAAGAAGAGUACCGCCCAGGAGAUCGUCUGGGAUGAUGCUGCUGUUGACUUCCUUUUGGAUCGAGAUAAGAAAGAGGAAGCUGCUGCUCCAGAAGAAGGUGAAGGAAAGGCUGACUGGCAAAACGAGUAUCUUAGCUCUUUCAAAGUGGCCAGUUAUCAGACGAAGGAAGCUGAAGGUCAAGAAGAAGAUGAGGAGGAAGAGGUCGAAGUCCUCAAAGAAGGAGAUGAGAAGGAGCCGGAUCCGGAUUAUUGGGAGAAACUUCUCAAGCAUCACUACGAGCAGGAUAAGGAGAUUGAGUCUCAAAAGCUCGGAAAAGGAAAACGUGUUCGCAAGCAAAUCAACUAUGCUAGUGAGAACAUGGGAACAGAUUGGAGCAAGCAGAAUCAAGCUCAAGAAGAUGAUGACGAUAACGAAUCCUACCAUGGUUCCGACAAUGGCGAGGGCCUGAACUCCGAUGACGAUGACUACGAUGAGAGAAGAAAACGUCGUCGUGACGAGAACUCCGAGAAGAUGCCACCACUCAUGGCUAAAGUCAACGGCCAAGUUGAGAUUCUGGGAUUCAAUCCACGUCAAAGAAAGGCGUUCUACGGAGGAGUAAUGCGUUGGGGAAUGCCACCACAAGAUUCACAUCAGUCUCAAUGGUUCGUCCGCGAUUUGAGAAACAAAUCGGAGAAGGUCUUCCGUGCCUACGCUUCUCUCUUCAUGCGUCAUUUGUGUGAACCGGGAGCCGAUGGACACGACACUUUCAAUGAUGGAGUUCCACGAGAGGGUCUCAACCGUCAACAUGUCCUCGGUCGUAUUGGAUUGUUGAGCUUAGUUCGUCGUAAGGUUCAAGAAUUCGAGCCAUACAAUGGAGAGUGGUCGAUGCCAGAGGUUCAAGACGAGAUAAUUGCUAGAGCUGCUAAUGGAUCCGUUGAAGGAUCAUCCAGAAACUCUCCAAGGCCAAAAGAGGUAAAAGAUGAACAGAAAGAGCAAGAAGUUAAGGAUGAACCAAUGGAGACGAGUGAAGAACCAUCCACAUCUGCUGAAACCCCUGCUGCAGCUAACGAAGCUUCUGAGACCACUGAGACUACUGAAGCUACUGAGGCUACUGAGGGAUCUACUGCCGCCCCUACCGAUGAGCCGAUGGAGACCGAAGAAGCCAGUCAGGAAGUCAAGGUGGAGACAAAACCAAGAGCAGCUCGUCCACCGUUCAAAUUCAAUAUUUGCGAUGGAGGAUUCACAGAACUUCAUUCAUUGUGGACAAACGAGGAGAAGGUUGCUCGAAACGGAAAAGAAUACGAAAUCUGGUAUCGACGACACGAUUACUGGCUGUUAGCUGGAGUUGUCGUUCACGGCUACGGAAGAUUCCAGGCUAACUUCAACGAAAUUAUCAACGAUCCACGCUUCGCUAUUCUCAACGAGCCAUUCAAGGAGGCUGGAGCAGAUCCAGCGGUUUCUGACAUCAAAUCGAAGUUCAUGCAGCGGCGUUUCAAACUUCUGGAGCAGGGAUUGGUUAUUGAAGAGCAACUUCGCCGUGCUGCUCACGCUAACCGCCAUCUGACACCAGACAAUGUUGGCCCACUCGCUCAACGCUUUGCCGAUUUGGAGAACAUUGCCGAAUCUCAAGCGAACAUUGCUAAAGAAAGUGCAGCUGGAAAUCGCAAUGCCAAUGCAGUCCUUCACAAAUGCUUAGUUCAACUCGAUGAAAUCCUUUCGGAUAUGAAGGCUGACGUUUCUCGCCUUCCAGCUACAUUCACUCAAUUGUCAUCGGUUACUGAGAGACUCAAUAUGACCGAAAGACAAAUUCUCUCUCGCUUGACAACAAAGGACGAAGAUGCUAAAGCCGGUCGCACUCCUCUCCCACCACCAGGACCAUUCGUUACUCCAGUUCUUCGCCAACAAAUGGACGGAAUACAACCUAAGUUUGCUGCACUUUUCAGUCAGUUUAUGAGUCCAAACGGAGAAAGAAUGGAAGAAGAUGAGCCAGUUGAGGCCGAGGAGGAAGUUGUUGAUGUCAAGGAAGAGGAAGCCGGAGAAGAACAAGCAGAAGCUGGAGAGGAAACUCCGGAAGUUGCCGAAACAGCCGAGACUGCUGAGAUUGCCGAGACUGCUGAGACUGCCGAAGCUCGUGAAACUGAUGGAUCUCCACCGGUUUUGAGUGCAGAAGAUGAUACGGAGGGCAGAAAUGAUGAUGUUGCCGGACCAUCUGAUGCGGGAGAAACUCCAGUCGUCGAGGAAAAAGCCGACGCCGAGCCUGAGCCAGAGCCAAUGGAGACUUGA